UUUUUCCCUUGUUAUGAUUACUUAGAUGUAGAUGAAUGUGAAGAAAAUCUUCAUGCCUGCGGUCCAGAGGAAGGGCAAUGUCACAACACAGCUGGUGGCUAUGAAUGUAAAAAACAAUGUAGCCAAGGAUUUAUUUAUAACACCUUUCUGCACAGUUGUGUUGAUAUUGAUGAGUGUACCCUUGGAAUUCACACAUGUGAGUCCAGGGAAACCUGCAUUAACACUGUUGGAAGCUUCUAUUGCCAGUCAGUUACCCCUUCUGUGUGUCCACCAGGUUUUAAACCUGUGCCUGCUGUACCUGGAGGAAUAGAUAGCUGUUUGGAUGUAGAUGAAUGUGAAGAAAACCUCCAUUCUUGUGACUUCACAACACAGGAGUGCGUCAAUGAUCAUGGGAGUUAUCACUGUGCUCCAAAAGUCCCAGUACCAUCUUGCGAGACAGGUUUUGUUUAUGAUGAUGAUAAACAAGAAUGUGUUGAUAUAAAUGAAUGUAACACUGGGGAUCACAUUUGUACACCUGGCUUACAUGAAUGUUUAAAUACUGAAGGAAGUUACCGCUGUAUUGUACAGUGUGAUGAAGGGUUCUUACCAAGUCUAGAAGGAGUGUGUAAAGAUAUCGAUGAAUGUGCAGAGGGUACUGACUUUUGUUCCAGUCAAGGACUGCAGUGCAUCAACACACCUGGCAGCUAUCGGUGUAAGGCUUCAUCACCACCUGAAUAUGACUGUCCACCUGGCUAUAAGUACAGCCAACUAUUUCAGAACUGCACAGAUAUUAAUGAGUGUGUUGAAAAGAUUGAUGACUGUAACCUCCAAACAGAGAGAUGUGUAAACUUUGUGGGUGGUUUCCGUUGUGCCCCAAAAGUAACAAAGUGUCCACAUGGUUUUAAAAGAAAUGAAAUUACCAACCAGUGUGUAGAUAUUGAUGAGUGUCAAGAAGGGACUGAUGAGUGUAUUAAGGAGAAAGACUAUUGUGUAAACAUUGUUGGUUCUUACCAGUGUCAAUCUAAGGUCAUUCCUCCACUUCGUCAGUGUAAGUCUGGCUUUAGGCUUGACCAUUUCACAGGAGAAUGCCAAGAAAUAAAUGAAUGCCUAGAGGACAGUCAUAGUUGUUUAUCCAACCAAAGGUGUGUUAACAUUGUGGGAAGCUACCGUUGUGAGAAUAUUUUCACAUUUCUUUCACCGAAUUUAACAACAUUUGUCCCACCUACUGUAAGCACUGUGGACCCUAGAUGUGAAGCUGGUUUACGCUAUGACAUACGUUAUCAGUCCUGCAUUGAUAUCAAUGAGUGUUUGGAAGGAAGUCACAAAUGCUCUUUAAAUCAGACAUGUGUGAACACAUGGAUGGGUUACCGUUGUGAAAAAAUAACCACAACAUCACAACCAAGAAUAACAACAUCAACCUCUACUACUGUUGUAACUGAAGAGAAGAUUGAAGACAUUGAGUGUUCAUCUGGUUUUCAUUUCAGCCAUCAGUAUAGAACUUGCAUUGAUAUUGAUGAAUGCAAAGAGCAGUCACCUUGUGACGAACAGGAGAAUUGCCAGAAUGAAGUUGGUAGUUACAGUUGUGUUUGCAAAAUAGGAUUUGAUAGGAGUUCUCCCACAGAACCUUGUAGAGAUAUCAAUGAAUGCCCAUUAGAGCUACACAACUGCAGGGUUGGUCAGCGCUGUGAAAACACACUUGGCUCAUUUGUUUGUAUUCGGAUCCAGAGCUGUGGAACAGGCUAUACACUUGAUUCAACAACAGGGAAGUGUGAAGAUGAUGAUGAAUGUGAACUGGGAACACACAACUGUGGAAGAGGAUAUACUUGUCGAAAUCUGGAGGGAUCCUUUCGCUGUCAGAGGACCACAUGUCCUCGUGGUCAAAGACUCUUAUCAGAUGGAACUUGUACCAUUCCAAGCUGCGGUGUUGGAAUGGAAGUGAAUUCUGCUGGGUAUUGUGUUGACAUUAACGAAUGCCAGCAGAAUCCAGAUAUUUGUGAAACUUAUCAAAGGUGCCGAAAUUCGAUAGGGUCAUACUAUUGUGAGGAUAAGAUAAGAUGUGGAAAUGGAUUUGAACCCAACCAGUAUGGAACAGCAUGUAAUGAUAUUAAUGAAUGUGAAAAAGGAACACAUGAUUGUAGGCCAAACCAAACCUGUCAAAAUCGUAGGGGAGGUUACUCUUGUGAGUGUCCAAAGGGUUAUCAACAGAAUGUCCGUCGUGAGUGUGAAGAUAUCAAUGAAUGUGUGCAAUAUAGAAAUCAAGUUUGUGCUCAGAAUUCUGACUGUGAGAAUACACCAGGAUCCUUCAAUUGUCACUGCAAAUCCGGAUUUCGUCAAAGCAGUGAUGGACGUAACUGUGAGGAUAUUGAUGAAUGCAAAGACACUCCUGGGAUCUGCCAACAGAACUGCAGGAAUACUUGGGGAUCUUAUUUUUGUUCGUGUAAUGUUGGAUAUCGUCUUCAAUCUGAUAACAGGGCUUGUCAAGAUAUUGAUGAGUGUGAAGAAUGGAAGGGUCGAGGCAAUUUAUGUAUUGGCUUUUGUGUAAAUGAGCCAGGUUCAUACUCUUGUUCAUGCCCUAGUGGGUACAGACUACAAGAAGAUGAACGAACCUGUGAAGACAUUGAUGAGUGUCAAGAAGAAAAUGUGUGCACUGGAUCUGAUAAAGUUUGCAUUAACACACGUGGGGAUUACAGAUGUCAUACUAUUAACUGUCCAACAAAUUAUGAACGAGACACCCAACAUAGAUCCCGCUGCAAGUUAAAGGUCUUCAACUGCCGCCCGGGUGAUGCUGAAUGCUUGAAGGAACCAUUAAGCUAUUCCUACAGUUUCAUAAGCUUAACAUCCAAUUUCCCCAUCCCGAAAACAGGAAAAUUGAAGUUCUUCACAUUGAGGGGGCCACUCAUUCAGAGUAGCACUGUUGAGUUUUCUCUUGAACUGGUAGAUGCACGAACUCCAAGUGGAAUUGAACCUGUUCAGCAAAAUUAUUUUUCAUUGCUCCGUCAAUCCUCUCAAAAUAAAGCAGUUCUUAUGCUAGUUAAAAGUAUCCAAGGGCCUCAAGAAAUUGAACUGCAAUUAAAAAUGAAAAUGUAUCACAGUGGAUUGUUCAGUGGCACAGCUGUAGCUAGGAUUUUUAUACAUGUUUCAAGAUAUGAAUUUUAAUUAAUCCUAGAAUCCUUUUCUUUUUUGUUACUAUUUUUAAGGGGAUUUUUUUUGCUUUAAAUGCUUUGAAUUCUGAGCAUUUAAAUUCCAGCAUCUUAGAUCUCUCUGUUUUUUUUUGUUUUUUAUAAUUAGCAUAUAAAACUUAAAUGAUUGUCUUUACUAGUAGUAGUAAGGACGUCACUUUCCAGUUUUAUUAAAGGUCAUCAGGCUCAUAAACAUGGAAGUUCCAAUAACAUUUAUUGGUUUGAAUAGUUGUUGUUUUUUUGCAAGUAAAAAUAUAUCUUAAUUCAUACCUGUGGUUUUUGUGAGUAUUCUUGAAGUAUGCGCUCCUUAAGUGACAUUUAUUUUUUUAGGUAAUUUUAGAUAAUAAAUACUGCAGUAAAAUAAAAAGCAAUGUAGAUGGAUAAUGUCAAAAUAAUAUGAAGAAUUUUUCAUAAAAAUUACAACAUUUUUGAAUGUGCUAAUUAGGCCCGAUAUAUGAGAUUGGAAUGCCUCCAUAAUAAACAAGUUGAAUUAUUAAGGGAAAAAAGUCCUGAAUGCAAACUUAAUUUUGAUAGUUCCACCAACCUCUUCAUGAAAAGCAAAUGAUGCAUUUCGUUAGUCUCGGGUCUUGACAUAAAUGUUGCACAACAUUUUUGAAUAUGCUUAUUAGGCUUGAUAUAUAAGAUUGAAACAUCAGUCACUAUAAAUUUGAUUUUAUAAUGACUAAAACUGCUAAACAUAAACUUGAUUUUUGUACUUCAUAAUUUUAUUAAAAGUGUACUGCUGCAUUUCACAUCAGUCUUGGAUCAUUAAAGAUGAGUUGCUAUGUUGAAAGUAACUUCUUUGUCAUACAUAAGCUUAGUAGUGUUCUUGUGUUUUCUGUUUUCUUUAGUUACACUGUGUUUAUAUAGCUUUCCUUUGACUAUUAUCAUAUUUUAAUUUUAGAUAAAGAAUUCUUGUUUACAUUGUAACCAAUACCCUGUCCAUACAUUAAAUAAGCUUCUAGUUCAAAUUGAGGUUCUUUUUUUAAAUUAGGAAUACUUUUAUUUUUAAGUACAGUAUCAUAUUAUAUAGAAACAUUGGAAUCUGAUCAUUCAGUACUUGAAUUUCCUUUGAUUGUAUCAUAUCUUAAUAAUAUAACACCAUUAAAAAAUGCUGUCUUUGUUCUUUUUUGAUUCAGAUGUGAUAUUGGAUUUUUUCUUAGAAACAAAUGUGAGUUUAUAGAGAGAGCUGUAAUACUGUACAUUGCAUUUUGCUUUGUUAACUGAAUAAAUAUUCUUUCAUGAAAUUUUUAGUUGUGAUGAACAGGCUUUUACAGGAGCUUACAAACAAUAUAAUGAUGGAAAAUUAAACUAUCUUAUAAUACCAGUGCUUCCGUGAAUCUACAGUUUAAAAAAGCCUUCCUAAUUUUAUAAAAAUAACUGUAGUUACAAUGCAUAUAUUUUUUUAAGCUGCUUUACAUGUAGUUGCAUUGUAUUGUUAAACCUGUUUAGACCUAUAAUACUAUGUGAGUUAAGAAAACUAAAGUAGUGUUAUUAAUUAUUCCAUAUUUUGAUAUGUUUAUAUAUCUUAAAAACUUUGUGUUUAAAAAAUUUUCUACUUUAAGGCUCUUCUGCUUAUGUUAUACUUGUCAAUACAUUGUAAACAAAACUUAAUGUAAUCAGAAAAUAUUUUUACUGUUAUAAAAUAAAAUCAGAUACUGGAAAUGAAAA